AUGCCCUCGAUCUCUACGCUGGCCUUUGCAGCUGUUGUGACUGCCUUUGCGCUCGGCCAUAUCGCCGUCUUUGUCCUCGGCGCUGAUCGCGGCGUUGUGGCAGACCUUCUCGCGCUGACGUACUCGACGAUGCUUCCGAUCGGAUGCGGGGCGCCCUUGCUGGACGGCGGGGCGUGGCGCAUGCGGCUGGGCGCGGUGGCCACGACCUUUGUCGCCAUGUCCGCCAUCACGCAUCUGACUUGGGAGGCCGGGUGGCUCGUCUUCCGUGAGGCCAUUGCGGCGUCUCCGACGGCGCCAUGGGCCUACUCGUGGUGGGCGUACAUCGAUGGCGGCGACACGCGGUACGCGCAGCCGGACAACACGCUGCUAGUGGUCAUGGAGGGCCUCUCGGUGUGCAACGGGGUGCUCGGCGCCUCCGCCCUCGGUCUCUACGCCAGUGGCGGGCGCUACGCUCCGCUCGGUGUGCUCGGUAUGAUGGCCAUGGCCGUCGUCCAUCUCUACUCGGUCGCCCUCUACUACGCCACAGAGCUCAUCGACGGCCUCCCCUCGGUCGGCGACUCCGUCUUUGACCUCGGGUUCAAGUUCAUCCUCGCCAACGCACCCUGGCUCGUCUUCCCACCCGUUGUCAUCGUCUGGGGCAUCGGGAACCCGUCGCUGUCACCAAUCGCUGUUGCUGAUCGCUCUCGCCUCUGCUCUGCCGCCGCCGCUCUCAACGGCGUGAUAAUCAUUGCCAUCGACUCGCCACUGGUAACCAGCAACUGCAUCAACUGCAUCAACUGCGCCAACUGCAGUGGCAAGUUGCGGCAGUGA